AAAAAAAAUUAAAGUCAAAUACCCCAACCAAUCACAAUCCACCAACAAAUUCCAAGGUCAUCUUUGACAUCAAACAACUCAAAUGGUUCACGGGUACUUCUUAAGGCAAACCUAACCCGCCCGCCGUAGACCCUUGUAGGUGAUGAGAGUGUUGUGGCACCACAAUGAACCUGUGGAGGGUACCCGCAUGAGCGCCUUAUCCCCCAUAAUAUUUACUCAAUAAAAAACUAUCCAUAUUCCCCUAUUAAAAACACACAAUAUAUCAUCACAUUUAUUCCCGCCCACAUUUCUUAAUUUUCUCAUCAUUUUCCUAUGGAGAUUUUCCGUUCCAUACUCCUCUUCCUCCUCCUCGUACCAUCGUCUCUCUCCUUAACAACCACCACCACCGCCACCGGCGACGUCGACAGCGACACCGCAGCAUUAUCUCUCUUCCGUUCCCAAACCGACACUCACGGCCUCCUCCUCUCCAACUGGACUCUCUCCUCCCUCUCUCACUCCACCGCCUGCUCCGCCGCCUGGACCGGCGUCAACUGCACCAACAACCGCGUCACCGCCCUCACCCUCCCGUCACUCAACCUCCGCGGCCCUCUCCACUCUCUCUCCUCCCUAGAUCAGCUCCGCAUUCUCGAUCUCCGUAACAACCGCUUAAACGGCACCGUUUCACCUUUAUUCAACUGCACAAAUCUCAAACUCGUUUACCUCUCCGGAAACGACCUCUCCGGCGUCAUUCCGCCGGAAAUCGGUUCUCUCACUCGAUUACUACGUAUCGAUUUAUCCGAUAACAAUCUCGAAGGUCCAAUUCCGGACGGUUUAACAAAACUAAACCGUCUUCUCACUCUACGACUCGAAAACAAUGCAUUUUCAGGUGAGUUGCAAUCAUCCUUCAAUUCGCAUAUUCAACAGUUAAAUCUAUCGAACAACGAGUUGUACGGUCACUUACCGGACAAUUUGGUACAGAAAUUCGGUUACAAUAGUUUCAUAGGGAACAAAGGACUAUGCGGAUCGAGUCCGUUAGUUUCUUGUUCAGCAAGUAGUCCUCCUGUUGUACCUACCGUACAAUCAAACCCUAGCUCAUUACCAACAACUUCUGUUAUAGACGAUGAUGAGGAUAAUAACAGAAAAAUCACGCAUUCGAGAUUGCAUCCUGGCGUAAUUGUCGCGAUUGUAAUCGCUAAUUCGGUUUUAAUUCUAGUAAUCGCUUCGUUUUUAGUCGCGUAUUACUGCGGAAAACGAGCUUCGAAUAGUUCGAAGAUAGGGUCUGAGAUUGGGAAGAGUAGGAGUAGUUAUGGUAGUGAGAGUCGAGUUUACGCGAAUAGUGGUGGUGGUGGUGGUGGAGAUAGUGAUGGGAGUAAUAAACUUGUGUUUUAUGAUAAGAAGAAGAGGUUUGAGUUGGAGGAUUUGUUGAGAGCGUCGGCGGAGAUGUUGGGGAAAGGCGGGUUGGGGACGGUGUAUAGGGCGGUGUUGGAUGAUGGGUGUACGGUGGUGGCGGUUAAGCGGUUGAAGGAUGCGAAUCCGUGUGGGCGGAAGGAGUUUGAGCAGUAUAUGGAUGUGAUUGGGAAGGUUAAGCAUUUGAAUGUUGUGAAGUUGAGAGCUUAUUAUUAUGCUAAGGAAGAGAAGUUGCUUGUGUAUGAUUAUUUGCCUAAUGGAAGCUUGCAUUUGCUCCUUCAUGGAAACCGGGGACCGGGAAGAAUUCCGUUAGAUUGGACAACAAGGAUUAGUUUGGCGUUAGGAGCGGCCCGGGGGCUCGCCCACAUUCACGAAGAAUACAAAUCAUCAAGGAUUCCUCAUGGAAACAUAAAAUCAUCAAAUGUGCUACUAGACAAGAAUGGUAACGCGUGCAUUUCUGAUUUCGGGCUCUCGCUACUUUUGAACCCGGCCCAUGCCUCGGCUAGACUAGGAGGAUACAAAGCACCCGAGCAAUUUGAGACCAAACGCUUAUCACAAAAAGCAGAUGUUUACAGUUUUGGGAUCUUGUUGUUGGAAAUGUUAACGGGUCGGGCUCCAAAUCAAUACUCGUCACCUUCUCGUGUAGAGGAAGAGGAACAACCCGUGGACUUACCGAAAUGGGUUCGGUCCGUGGUGCGGGAUGAGUGGACCGCGGAAGUGUUUGAUCAAGAAUUGUUAAGGUACAAGAAUAUUGAAGAAGAGCUUGUUUCAAUGCUUCAUGUUGCAAUGACUUGUGUUGCGGCACUGCCCGAAAAGAGGCCGACAAUGCCGGAAGUUGUGAAGAUGAUCGAAGAGAUUCGGGUCGAGCAGUCACCGUUAGGGGAAGAUUACGAUGAGUCGCGUAAUUCGAUCUCGCCUUCGGUUACAACCGAAGAUUAACCGUUGGAUGGUUCUUCCAUCUUAGUUUGUUAAAUAUCAACCGUUUGAUCUUGUUGUUGCUUGUUUAUUUUUUUUUUGCAUAUGUUUAAGUGUUUUGUGAGAUAUUGUAAUGUAAGUGUCAAGAAAAUUAAUUUAAGAAUUUGAAUUUAAAUUUA